AUGUCGAAAAGCUUCGGACUCACGACCAAACUGCUUCAUGCAGACGAUGGCUCACACUCUGAAGCUGGCAUUGCGCCAUCUAUAUCCGUUUCAACUACUUUCCGUGAACCAAUUCCUGAAAAACUCGAGUAUCCGUCCGACCCCGACCCAUCCACACCAGACAGGCACAUCUACAGCCGCUACACGACUCCGGUCUCGACCCGAGUCGAGAAGGACGCACAUGCAAUCACCUAUGCCUCUGGUAUUGCUGCGACUACGACGGCCCUGGUCCACUUGGGUCCGAAGCGCCUCGCCAUCCGAGAUGGCUAUCAUGGUGUUCAUGUGUCCAUCGAGGUGUACAAAAAGAGCAGGCCGGAUCUGGAGCUCAUUGACAUUGAUGAUGAAUUCAGACCAGGGGAUGUGUGCUGGAUCGAAACUCCGCUCAAUCCCACGGGAGAGGCGCGUAAUCUUAAGCAUUAUGCAGACAAGAUUCAUGCUGUGGGAGGUCGCCUCAUUGUAGACUCUACCUUUGCGCCUCCCCCGCUCCAAGAUGCAUUUGCUUCAGGAGCCGAUAUUGUACUUCACAGUGCUACCAAGUAUCUUGGAGGCCACUCUGACCUUUUAUGCGGUGUACUUGCCGUAAAGGAUCUUCAAGAAUGGCAUGCACUCUGGCACCUCCGUACAUUCACAGGAAACAUGAUGGGCUCUCUCGAAUCAUUCUUACUACUUCGUUCCCUUAAGACCUUCGAAUUGCGAGUUACUCGACAGGCAGCAAGCGGCGAGGCUCUUGCUCAAUGGCUGCACAAGAUCUCCCAGACUCCCGCGGGGCAGACUUACGAUGGAGUCCGGGGUGGAUGUAUCAGGCGUGUUUGGCAUGCGACCUUGCAAGAGCAGGAUCAAGAGUGGGUCAAGAAGCAAAUGCCUGGCGGGGGUCCGGCUUGUUUCACAAUCGAGCUUGAAGAUCCUGACGAGGCACGCAUUUUACCGUACUUGUUGGAGUUGUUUAUACCUGCAACGUCACUUGGUGGUGUUGAGUCAUUGAUCGAACAACGGUACCUCUCUGAUCCUAAAGAAGACAAGAGACGCCUCCGGCUAAGUGUUGGCCUCGAAAACUUGGAAGAUCUCAAGGAGGACUUGCGUCAAGGUUUGAAUAAGGUUACCGAAAAGGUCAAGGAGAGGACUUGA